AGGCCCGUCGCACGCGUGGCCGUGAGCGGGCUAUUGCGCAGAGAGCCCCGUCGGCUGCAUAUUGGUUGGGCUGUGAUGGUGAAGGGGAGAGUGCACGACCGCCCAGCUGCCUGCCUUCCUUUCGCUGUGCUUGGCAGACGAGCCGGCGUUGUUGUUUGGCGAGCACCGCUCCUUCUUCCCUUGCGCGCUCUCUCAACCAACAUUGCCUCUGCCUCGACUGCACACCUUCACACGCCCGCCCGUGCUCGACGACUGACGACCUGCAUCCGCCGUGUUGCCUGCCCCCGUCCCGCCUGCGCAACUUCAUCCAUCGCCGAGCGGUGAAAACCUCGACGCCUGACGCACUUGCGCGCCCACUCUUGUCACUGGGCCCCCUCCCCUCCGCAUCACGACAGCGACACAAUCUCGCCCGUCACUCGUCCUCACUGCGCCUGCCCGCAAGCCUCAGUGGACGUCCGACUCCGCUCCCUCCGACCCAGCAAAAGCCUCGUCGCCCCUGGUCAUCCGAGCGGGACCUGAAGACUCGAAACUAUUGUCUAGACACACGUCAUUGGCAGCACUCUGCAAUAGUGGUACACAGGCAUACGAACAGAGUCUGCGCUGCUCCCUCGAGCCUUUGCGCUCAUCCGCUUCACGUUCGUCUUUUCGCCCCUGUGCUGGGCUGCGGCGCUCUCUACGCGACUGGCUGAGAGUACCUUCCGCUUCGACGUCCUCUCUCCCCCUCCCAACCGCCGACCAUGGCGGACCAAAACGAUGUGGACUUGGACUCCAUCAUCGAUCGUCUCCUCGAAGUGCGCGGCAGCCGCCCGGGAAAGCAGGUGCAGUUGCUGGAGACCGAGAUUAGAUACCUCUGCACCAAGGCUCGUGAGAUCUUCAUCUCUCAGCCCAUACUGCUGGAGCUCGAAGCUCCAAUCAAGAUUUGUGGUGACAUCCACGGACAGUACUACGAUCUGUUGCGCCUGUUCGAGUACGGCGGCUUCCCACCAGAGGCCAACUAUCUCUUCCUAGGCGAUUACGUUGACCGCGGCAAGCAAUCUCUCGAAACCAUCUGCCUACUCCUCGCCUACAAGAUCAAAUACCCUGAGAAUUUCUUCAUUUUGCGUGGCAACCACGAGUGCGCGUCCAUCAACCGCAUUUACGGCUUCUACGAUGAGUGCAAGAGACGCUACAACAUCAAGCUCUGGAAAACCUUCACCGAUUGCUUCAACUGCUUGCCAAUCGCCGCCAUCAUCGACGAGAAAAUCUUCACCAUGCACGGAGGCCUGAGUCCAGAUCUGAACUCAAUGGAGCAGAUUCGCCGCGUCAUGCGCCCAACAGAUAUCCCAGACUGUGGCCUGCUCUGUGACCUGUUGUGGUCAGACCCCGACAAGGACAUCACUGGUUGGUCGGAGAACGAUCGUGGUGUUUCCUUCACGUUUGGCCCGGAUGUCGUCUCGCGAUUCUUGCAAAAGCACGACAUGGACCUCAUCUGUCGUGCGCAUCAAGUCGUCGAGGACGGCUACGAGUUCUUUUCCAAGCGUCAAUUGGUGACACUCUUCUCUGCGCCGAAUUACUGUGGUGAAUUCGACAAUGCUGGCGCUAUGAUGAGCGUGGAUGAGUCGUUGCUCUGCUCAUUCCAGAUUCUGAAGCCGGCAGAGAAAAAGCAGAACAGAUUCGGGCGACGAUAAAGUGGGCAAAGCGACAGAUGAAAUCUUUGAAAGCAAAGUGCAUCCAAUUCACCUUCUGUGCCGAGUCCGGAUAGCUGCUGGCAGAGACUUGCGGCAAUGCGUGUACGACAUCACUGAACGAGGCGGAGACACGAUUCACAAAAUGAAAGGUCGGGAGAUGGCCGCGCAAGAAAUCGACGAGACGGAGGUGGUGUGUACGAUUUUGCAUGGGUUAAGAGCAGUCUGGUGGCAGCGGCCGGAGGAACAUGCCGGUCUGCCACGUUCUCACGCGCACUCGCACACAAGUCGCGCAAGUGGUGAUGGCAGCAUUGGUGGAUGCUGUUACUGCUGCGAUGGCGGGUUCUGUCGAAUACGCUGAGCGCUGUUUACUCCAUACGUUCAACAAGGUGCUUUACUGCUGAUGUUCUCUCCAACCCUGUCACAUACAUGACAACAAUAGACACAGAAAUGGCCGCGUAAGUUGUUUCUGGGUUUACCGUUCAGGCAUUGCAUAUGACAUCGCACGUAGUGAA